GGGGCGGAGCGGGUCGGAAGGGCAGCCUGCGGCUCCCACAGGCACAGCCCCCUCAGCGGGACCCCGUCCCGGGGGGACAGCGGCAGGAACCGAACCGAGGCAGCGAGCGCCGCUGAGAGCCGCCCGCCCCAGCGCGCCGCUACCGGCGCGAGUGACGGCUCAGCUGACCAAUCAGUGCUCACCGCCCCCUUCAGCCAUGACCCUGUGUGGACAGUAAUGACCGCACGUUUCCGAUUGCCUGCUGGCAGAACCUACAAUGUCCGAGCAUCUGAGCUGGCACGAGACAGGCAGCAUACGGAGGUGGUCUGCAACAUUCUUCUCCUGGAUAACACUGUACAAGCUUUCAGAGUUAAUAAACACGAUCAGGGCCAAGUUCUGUUGGACGUAGUCUUCAAGCAUCUCGAUUUGACAGAGAGAGAUUACUUUGGUUUACAGUUGGCUGAUGAAUCUUCUGAUAACCCUAGGUGGUUGGAUCCAAACAAACCUAUCAGGAAACAAUUAAAAAGAGGAUCUCCUCACAGUCUGAACUUCAGAGUUAAGUUUUUUGUAAGUGACCCAAACAAACUCCAAGAAGAAUAUACAAGGUACCAGUACUUUUUGCAAAUUAAGCAGGACAUUCUUACUGGAAGAUUGCCCUGUCCUUAUAAUACUGCUGCUCUUCUGGCUUCCUAUGCUGUUCAAUCCGAGCUGGGAGACUACAACCAUUCAGAAAACUUGCCAGGCUACCUCUCAGAAUAUUCUUUCAUCCCUAGCCAGCCUCAAGACUUUGAAAAAGAAAUAGCAAAAUUACAUCAGCAGCACAUAGGGUUGUCUCCUGCAGAAGCAGAGUUCAAUUAUCUCAAUACAGCACGUACCUUAGAACUUUAUGGAGUUGAAUUGCACUAUGCAAGGGAUCAGAGUAACAAUGAAAUAAUGAUUGGAGUGAUGUCAGGUGGAAUACUAAUUUUUAAGAACCGCAUACGAAUUAACACCUUUCAGUGGUUGAAGAUUGUAAAAAUUUCUUUUAAGUGCAAGCAGUUUUUUAUUCAACUUAGGAAAGAACUGCAUGAAUCUAGAGAAACAUUACUGGGAUUCAAUAUGGUGAAUUACCGAGCAUGUAAGAAUUUGUGGAAAGCUUGUGUUGAGUAUCACACGUUCUUCCGUUUGGACAGACCACUCCCGCCUCAGAAGAACUUCUUUGCACAUUAUUUCACUUUGGGUUCCAAGUUCCGGUACUGUGGGAGAACAGAGGUCCAGUCUGUGCAGUAUGGUAAAGAAAGAGCAAAUAAAGACAGGGUAUUUGCAAGAUCCCCCAGUAAACCCCUGGCACGGAAAGUAAUGAGUGGGAUGGAUUGGGAAGUGGUGAGUAGGAACUCGCUGUCUGACGAUAGGCUGGAAACACAGAGCCUCCCAUCACGGUCCCCUCCUGGAACCCCAAAUCAUCGCAACUCUGCCUUCACUCAAGAAGGAGCCCGAUUACGACCCUCAUCAGUUGGACAUUUAGUGGAUCAUGUGGUUCACACCUCCCCCAGUGAAGUAUUUGUAAAUCACAGAUCUCCAUCCUCCACCCAGGCCAACAGCAUCAUCCUGGAAUCAUCCCCAUCUCAAGAGACUCCUUUAGAUGGGCAGCCUCCAGCGUUACCACCCAAACAAUUUAAAAAGAACAGUUGGAACCAAAUUCAUCAUUCACACUCACAGCAAGAACUGGAUAACCAUAUUAAUGAAACAUUUGAUGUCCCUGCAUCACCUGAAAAAUCCACUCCCAAUGGUGGUGUCCCCCAUGACAAUCUUGUUAUGAUCAGAAUGAAACCAGAUGAAAACGGAAGGUUUGGCUUCAAUGUAAAGGGUGGAUAUGAUCAGAAGAUGCCGGUAAUAGUGUCCAGGGUAGCUCCAGGAACACCUGCUGAUCUGUGUGUCCCCCGUUUGAACGAAGGGGACCAGGUUGUCCUGAUUAAUGGCAGGGACAUAGCAGAGCAUACCCACGACCAAGUUGUAAUGUUCAUUAAAGCUAGCUGUGAGAGACACUCAGGGGAACUUGUGCUCCUAGUUCGACCCAAUGCUGUCUACGAUGUUGUGGAAGAGAAGCUGGAGAGUGAGCCUGAUUUUCAGUACAUCCCUGAGAAAUCUCCACUUGAUGGUGUCCAUCAGGAUGACAAUGCUCUGAGGGAAUCCAUGAUUCAGUUAGCACAGGGGCUUAUCACUGGAACUGUCCUGGCUCAGUUUGAUCAAUUGUAUAGGAAAAAGCCUGGAAUGACAAUGUCUUGUGCCAGAUUACCUCAAAACAUUUCCAAAAAUAGAUACAGAGACAUUUCGCCUUAUGAUGCUACACGGGUUAUUUUAAAAAGUAAUGAAGAUUACAUCAAUGCAAAUUAUAUAAAUAUGGAAAUCCCUUCUUCCACAAUAAUAAACCAGUACAUUGCUUGCCAAGGUCCAUUACCGAACACUUGUCCUGAUUUUUGGCAGAUGACUUGGGAGCAAGGCUCUUCUAUGGUUGUGAUGUUAACAACUCAAGUAGAACGGGGCAGAGUUAAAUGCCAUCAGUACUGGCCAGAGCCAUCAGGAAGCUCAUCAUAUGGGAAUUUUCAGAUUACCUGCCAUUCAGAAGAAGGAAAUCCUGCUUAUGUCUUUCGAGAAAUGACAUUGACUAAUCUGGAGAAAGAGGAAAGUCGCCAGCUAACCCAAAUCCAGUACAUAGCAUGGCCUGAUCAUGGGGUUCCUGAUGAUUCCAGCGAUUUCCUCGAUUUCGUGUGUCUUGUGCGAAAGAAGAGGGCUGGCAGAGAAGAACCUGUUGUUGUUCACUGCAGUGCUGGGAUUGGCCGGACAGGGGUUCUGAUCACGAUGGAGACAGCCAUGUGUCUCAUUGAGUGCAAUCAGCCUGUUUAUCCUCUAGAUAUUGUAAGAACCAUGAGAGAUCAAAGAGCCAUGAUGAUCCAAACACCUAGUCAGUACAGAUUUGUAUGUGAAGCUAUUUUGAAGGUGUAUGAAGAAGGAUUUAUUAAACCUUUACAAGCAUCACUGCAUAAGUAAAGAGCAAAAAACCUAUGAUAUCAAUUGAGGAGUCCUGUCCUCUAUAAUGAACUGGCAACAUUCUUUGUGCCAUAAUACUGCUUGCAGGAAAUGAUAGUGAAGUACAGCAAAGAAUUGACAAAGGACUUUGAAAACUUCAGCACUGUUGCACUUUACGUUGAAACAAAAUCAGUCUCUGAAACUCUUCUAACCUUCAUCUGUUUGAAGACUUUAUUUUCGUGAUUUGCUCCGAACAGACCAUAAACUGAAAGAACUGAUUGUGUUCAGGGUGAUCUACGAUAUUUCAUUGUAGUGCCAUAUACUGCGCUUCUGGUUGAAUUGCUACAAACAAGGCUUGGAAUUAUUUCACUCUGUUUUACACCCAUGUCUCUUAAAAUGAAAAACAAAUGAAAACAUACACUAAGCCAUGGUCUUUUUCCAGUGCUAGGUUUAUUUACUAUGUACAGACUCUCACAGUUUUGUUUUUUACAACAUUAGCAAUAUUGCCAAUACUAGAUAGAUACACACUGCCUACUGAUGCAGCACACUUUGUCCUACACCCUUACUAGAGACCAGCUGGUUGUUAGAGGAGAGCUGGCAUCUGUUAACCCAGCAGUAGCUGCAUAAUGCCCACUUACCAGCAUCUUGUACAAAAUAAUAACAAUAAAAAU